AUGCUUCUCCGAAAUGUGCUAUCCAUAGGUCUCCGUGUUAGAAAUAGUAGCAGUUACUGUAUAAGACCAAGUGUGGGUCUUGAACGGGACGUUGAAGAUGUGAUGGAGGCUGCAAACCAGUUUGCCAAAAAGGAAAUGUACCCGAAGAUGGCCGAAUGGGAUAAGAAGGGAGAACUACCCAUGGAUGUGCUCAAGAAGGCUGGAGAAAUGGGAUUCGGUGCCAUUUACUGUAAAGGGGAUCAUGGAGGAUCUGGGUUAUCUCGUCUUCAUUCUUCUGUGAUUUUUGAGCAGCUGUCUAUGGGAUGUGUGUCUACGGCAGCGUAUAUUUCAAUUCAUAACAUGUGCGCAUGGAUGCUCGACACAUAUGGCCCAGACAAACUCAAAGAGGACCUUCUCCCCGAAAUGGCCCUCUUCAACAAGCUAGGCUCUUACUGCUUGACAGAGCCAGAUGCCGGGUCCGACGCAGCCAGUAUCCGGACCACGGCAACCAAAAAGGGAGAUUAUUAUGUGGUCAACGGGUCCAAAGCAUUCAUUAGUGGAGCAGGAACCAGUAAUAAUUAUUUUGUGAUGAUGCGACAAGAUGGUGCUGCUCCUGGAGCGAAAGGAAUCUUCUGUUUGAUGAUCGAGGAUGGCACAGAGGGAUUUAGUUACGGGAAGAAGGAGGAUAAAUUGGGAUGGAAUUCUCAACCGACCAGGAUUCUGACCUUUGAGGAUUGCAAGGUCCCAAUAACCAAUCAAAUUGGAAAAGACGGAUUUGGUUUCAAUAUCGCUAUGGCUGGUUUGAAUGGAGGUCGUGUCAAUAUCGCCAGUUGCUCCCUCGGAGCCGCCCAGAGAAGUAUGGACCUGGCUAUUGAGCAUUUGAAAUGCAGAAAGCAGUUUGGAAAGACGCUGUCCGAUUUUCAGUACAACCAGUUUAAGCUAGCAGAGUUGGCAACUAAAUUGGUUACUAGCAGACUAAUUGUCCGUGCGGCUGCUGAACAACUCGACAACGACGACCCAGAAAAAGUGGCUCUUUGCGCGAUGGCUAAGCUACACGCUACGGAUAAUUGCUUUGAGGUCGUCAAUGGAGCCCUCCAGAUGUUCGGAGGAUACGGAUUCUUGAAGGACUACCCCAUCCAGCAAUACCUUCGAGAUAUUAGAGUUCAUCAAAUCCUGGAGGGAACUAAUGAGAUGAUGAGAUUGCUGAUCAGUAGAGAUUUGCUGACGAAGGAUAUCUUCUGGAGCUCCUAG